AUGCAUAAGAAAAUUAUUUUAUGUAAAAUAGCAGUGGAGGACAACAGCGCAACUCAGCAGUCGAUAGAGAACUAUAUGACUACAUCGAAUAGUUUUGAAUGGGAUGACAAAAAAUGGACUAAGUUGUUUCCAUUUCCAACGGACUUGCUUGCAAAAUUAAAUACAAAUGUGCAUCAUGUAAUAACAAUUGAUAAAUGUAUAGAUGAAAUUAAGGCGGAAAACUUCCUUGCUGUUACUUAUAAUAUUAAUAGAGCUGUGCCUUCAUUAGAAGACCAGUACAUUCUGUCAAAUAUAUUUAAAAAUUACAAAACGCCCAUAGGACAGACAAAAGACAUAGAAAGUUUUAACGAAGAAAAUGAUGCCGCAGGUUCUAAACGUAAUUUGAUACAAGAAUAUGUCACUACGGCGCUUUAUGAUACUUUAUUUCAAAAACAUUUUGAAUUAAGUAGUAAUAAUCAAAAACUGCCAAUUCUACCAGAUUGCUUUCGGCCCACAUUAUGCGAUUACCAGGCUCGUACAGUUCAUUGGCUAUUAGAACGGGAAAUGAAUAUCACAAUUUUUCCAAAUUACUAUACCCAACUGGAGGCACGCGACGGCGAAACGACGGUAUAUAAGCAUUUAUUAAGUUGGCAUAUUCAAGAGUCUGAACCAGCACCAAUUAAGAUACCAGCUGGUGGCAUACUUGCAGAUGAAAUGGGUUUGGGAAAAACAGUAGAGAUGUUGGCACUUUUAGUAUUACAUCAACGCCAAUUAUCAGAUGUUACACCAUUAGAGAACUUAUGCAAUGAUGAGCCGGAGAAAAAACGUAAACGCCGUUCUACAAAUUUAUUUUGUAUUUGCACAAGGAAAACAAUGACUGAAUUACGUACAUGUAAACGAUGUAAAUUUCAACAACAUGCAAAAUGUGUCGGUGGUUUCGAUGUUAACGCCAACAAUGAUUCAUAUAUAUGUCCUAACUGUUGGUACAUAACAACGCAAAACUCGUUGCUAAAAGCUGCAACCACAUUCAUUGUGACACCUUAUACAAUAAAAGCGCAAUGGUUUUCUGAAAUAAAUAGACAUGUUACACCAACUCUUAAAGUUUUCGAUUACAAUGAACAAGUGGCAGCCAAUUGGAUUAGUCCAAAAGAGUUGGCCACCUACGAUGUGGUACUAACCGAUUACCAUGUGUUGCGCCGUGAGAUAUAUCACACCAGCGCUUAUGUUUCCGAUCGUGUAACACGAAAUGAGCAACGCUCAAUGCGUCGCUUGUCACCAUUACUUAUGAUCGAGUGGUGGCGGGUAUGCCUUGAUGAAGCACAAAUGGUAGAAUCAAAUGCAUCGAAUGUAGCAGCUAUGGUAAAACAACUGCCAGCUAUAAACCGCUGGGCCAUUACUGGCACUCCCAUACAACGGAGCAUUGAUGAUUUGUGUGGUUUAUUGGAAUUCAUCGGUUUCACAGAACCCUUAACGCCGCCAACCGGUUGGAAAGUAUUAGUAGAUGAUUUCGUUAUGCAUCAAAAUGCUGUAGAUGAUCGUGACAAAGCAGAAUUGACACUUGUUGAUGUUUUGCAACGUUGCAUGUGGCGCACAUGUAAAUCUAAGGUCGAUGCAGAACUGCAAAUUCCACCACAAUCUGAGGAGGUCCAUCGCAUAAGGUUGAGCAACUUGGAGAAAUUAUUUUAUACUGAACAGCACGCGCUAUGUGAGAGUAGUUUCCAACAUGUACUUCGAAAGCAUUUGGGCAGUGCUGAAGGCAUAUUAAAGAUAUCGCCGAUAAUAAUGAAAAUUAUUCUGCAGCCCUUGUUGAAGAUACGUCAGUCAUGUAUCAUACCAGUUGUAAACACGGGCAGUGGGCAACACAAAGGCACGUCAAACGUGCAACAGAAACAAUUUCUACAGCCAAAGGACUUGCAUGCGCAUCUCAAAUACACUAAUGAGUUUGAGUGUAAAUCCGAAUUGCGCACCAUGGCUUCGUCAUACAACGGCAUGGCCGCAAUUUAUUUUAUAAGAGGAGAUUAUGAGCAGUCAAUUAAACACUAUGAAAUGGUGUUGCGUUUAGCGCGCGAUUACAAAGACAUCAACAUUUCUGUAGACAGUUUGCUGCAAAUUCACGCAUUGCAUAAUAUACAGCAAGCUUGUUACAUCUCACCUGCCAAUGUCAAGCAAUUGUCAGCCGACGUGCUGUCGAAAUAUGAGGAGGAUUGCAACGCCUUAGAGUGGAAAUAUCUGGAACCAUAUGCGAAUACAAUGACAACGAUGCGUACGAAUUGCAGCAAUGCAGAAGACACGCUUAAACGGUUGGAGGCGAACUUCGAUGUACCACUAUUAGAAUUUACUAAUAUGCUAGCCGAAAAAAUUAGCGAGGUUAACGACGCGUUUGCAAUCGCGUUGUUGAAUCGGUUUCGUGAUGAAUUUGCAACCGCUUUUGGUGGCAGCCCGAAAUUAGAACAAUUACAAAGCAUAUCGGGUAUGUUGUACAUACUAGUAAUGUGGUAUCAAAAAGUGGAGGUCGCGCGAACGCAUUUGAAUGAGGAGUUUGAAAAUUUGAAAUUUUACACAAUGAACGUAACCGUGCGCUCGAAAAAUACACCAGCCAUUUGGCGUGAUAUGACUAAAUUUAUACGCAGCGUCUACGACUGUCAUCUCAAUGAAAUACUUGACGAUAAAAAGGAUCGUGAAAAGAACAAAACGAAGUUAAAAUCCAAGAAGUCGAAACUUAAGCUGUGUAAACUUUGCCAAAUUCGCAACGCUCUUAAUGAUUACGAAUGUCUAUUAUUCAAUAAGGUCGUUGAUGAAGACACCAACAUGACGGAGGGUUUGGAAAAUCCCUCUUUUGAAGUAGCACUUAUUAAAAUAUUAUUUGGCUUUUUGCGCACGAAAGGUCCUUUCAUAAGUUUCUUGCAACAAAUGGACAGACAUUGGGAAGCCAUUGAAUGUCGUCAGCAGCUUUGUAAGAAGCUCAUUAAAUACUGGAUCGAAAUUGAAUACACCGUAAAGGCUUAUGAUGAAUUGGAUAUGUGUAAAAUGAGAAUUUCUCUGGCAGAAAAUGAGGAGGAGAAGACACAUUUCAAAUUGCUUGAUUAUGAGCUGGACGACACCUUUUUAGAGCAGCAAAUGAACCUGUACAAUGCACAGCGACAAUUUGCUAUGAAGCUUGCGCGCCUCAAGUACAUAACACAUUUGGAGGCUGAUGCUGACACUGGACCAUGCCCUAUUUGUCAAUCAGAAGAUGAAAGUCGGUACGCUGUAUUGGAGUGCGGACACAAUAUAUGUCUCUUAUGUUUACGAACAAUACGUCAAUAUAAUACGCAUCAGAAACUAUGCUGUCCGAUUUGCCGCAAUCAACAAAAUUCAGAAAAGAUUUAUUACGUCACACGCACGUCCACAAUCUCUGCGGACACAAAUAUACAAGUCAUCGGCGACUAUUCAUCCAAAAUUACCUAUAUUGUGCGCUUGAUUUUAAAGCUGCAACGAGAUCACUCUAAAGACGUACAGCCUUUAAAAAUUUUAGUAUUCUCACAAUGGGCCGAAAUUUUGCAUCCAAUCGCAAUGGCUUUAACACAAAAUGGCAUACGUCACCGGUUUAACUUGACGCCGCGCACAAUUGAGGAAUUUAAGAACCCACAAUUGGGCGUCACUUGUUUGCUGAUGCCUUUGCACAGAGGAUGCAAUGGCUUAAACCUAAUAGAGGCUACACAUGUUUUUCUUGUCGAACCCAUACUAAAUCCCGGCGAGGAAGCGCAAGCCAUUGGACGCGUGCAUCGUUUCGGACAGACUAGAUCAACAACGGUACAUCGUUUUAUUGUUUGUAAUACGAUUGAGGAGAAUAUAUUCAAUGUCGUGAAUGCUGGCAAACAAACGCAAGCGAAUUGGGAAUUUAAGCAAAUGUCAGUGGAGAGCUUACGGAAUCUGUUUCAUUUAGAAAAUGAUGUUAGCGAGGAGUAUAUACCAAAUGCAAGGGACCCAAUAGAUGUCACCUAAAUAUGGAGAACAUUCCAUUGACAACCGGCAGUUUGCCAACACAAAUUUGUACGAUACAACAAUACCUCUUCAAAUACUUAAUUUAAAAAAUUCGUUUUCGAAAAAGGCCACUUGGAAUUUAGUCUUAAAUCAACUUUUAAAUUGAGUUUGAAAUAUGUCUAUAAAAUUCAAAUCUUGCCUACAUAUAUGUACAUACAUAUGUACAUGUCAAAACACAUCCCAUUAGAUAUACGAUUUCAAUUUCUACGAUGUACGAAAUCCGCGUACAGAAAAAAUAGUGAAGUUCGCUGCAAAUAAAUACAAAUAUUUCCAUUAACUGCCUCAUAAA